GAUCGGCCAUAUUCAAGAUUUUCAUUCUAUGCUAUCUCUUUAGCUGUAGCAAAUAUUACCACAUUAACUGUGAACACAUUCAUUGAUGAUUUCCUUGGACGAGGACUAUCUCAUGCAACAAAUCAUCGUUUGUAUUACAAACUCGAUGUGUUAUCAGAAUUUUGGUGUAAAUGUGUGGAGUAUAUAUCGAAUGCAAUGUAUUUCAUAUCAUCUUAUCUUAUUGUCAUUUUUUCAAUUGACCGACUGUUGACUAUUCAUCAACCAAUAAAAUUCUAUUCAACAUUUCAUAAACGCUGGGCACUCAGUGCGUGUAUCAUCGUCUUCUUUGUUGGAAUAAUCAGCAAUACACCUUUGUUGUCUGUGCAAACUCUAGUGGUUGAUCCGUCAAGUCGAACAAAUUUCACAUGUCGAAUGAUUUCUGAACAUCCAGUUGCAAAAUUCACGAUAGCAUUUGAAACUAUCAUCACUUUUACAAUACCAUUCUGCUUGGUAUUGUUCUUAAACACUUUUAUCUGUAUUCGAUUAUGGAAGUUGAAAGCGAAUCGAAGAGCUCUUCUACCAACGGAUUCUUCACGGAAUCAUAUGGAAAUGGGACGAGUGUUCGGACACCUUGCUUUGAGUACAGCAUUCUUGCUACUGUAUUUGCCAAUG